AUGAAGAAUAACAAUGCAAAGCCGACGGGCAAGCGAAACUCGGGAAUGACGGCAAGUACGGCGAACGUAUUCUACCACGGGCGAACGGUUCCCAAAGGCAUGCUUGUCGCUGGGCGUUCAGAACCUUCACGGGCAAGUAUAUUCGCAGUCGUAGCGAUGUUUUAUGAGCUUCGUAGCUUUGAGAUCUACGAUAUUCCACUGCUUUCGCAUGCUGCCCGUCAUUACGAACACCCAUUCUAUACCAAUUCGGCCGGAACAAUCUGCCCGACAGUUGCAUAUCUACUGACGGCAUCAACCAAAGCCUUUCCCCAGCACUCUGAUCACCAAUGGGCCCUGCGCGUAUUAGCAAUCUGCUACACGAUCGCAUUCAGCAUCAUGCUCGUCUGGCCCUCAAUCAUGUCCCUUGUUGUUUCGCUGGUCCUCUUAGGGGCUCCACACUGUAUAAUAGAUACGAUAGGGGUGGAGAGGGCAGAGCUUGGUCCCCAGGGUUUGUUUUUCCACUACGGGCUCUACGUUAUUGGAGGGAUACUCGGUGGCUGUAUUGCAGCUUUCUUUUCUGACACAAGCCUUUCCGCCGCAUAA